GCGGUGAGCGGCAACGAGCCGCUAAUCCAGAUGAUGCUCCGGACGAUGCUCCAGGAAACGUCGACCCAUAUAAUGAGCGAACAAAAGAAGAUGCUGCAGACGCUCUGGGAUGCGUUGCUGGAGAAUCAGCGAUCGGCGACGAAGAUGGCGAGCACCCAGCUGGAUAUGAUCCGACAACUCCAGCAGGAAAUCCGUACGAUCAGGGCCGAGGCAGCCGAAGACCGGAGGAAGACAGAAGAGCUUAGACGCAUGCACGAACAGACGGCUGACCAGCUCAGGGCUAUGCGAGAAGAGACAGCUGAACAGCUUAGACAGAUGCGAGAA